AUGUCCUCGGGCCAGCACCUCUGUGGGCAGCAGGAAGCUGCGGACAAGAGUGUGCAGGAAGGAAUCGCGCGUGGCGAGCUCUCGCAGCUCCGAAUGGAGAGGACACCGCAUGGAAACCGGGCAUGUUGGAGAAGUGGGCUUGCCUGUCGAAGGUGCCUUCAAGUACCAGGUGGCUGUAGCCGCCAGCUCGGAGGCUGGCGGAGGCGUCUAUGCCAUCCCCUUUGCGCAGACCUGCGGGCGAGUG